AUGAAUAAAGCAACAGUCGUCGAAAAAAACAGUGUGACUCGUGUCGUACACGUACCACGAUUCUCUAUUAUUAAAAGAAAGAUAAAACCAUUUAAUAAUAACGAACAAUACGAUAACAUAACGAAUACGAAUACAACCAUCCCUGAUAGUCUUCAAUCGCUUCCAUCAAGAUAUAUCUCAACAAAUCAAUCGACUGUAGGAAAUAACGAUUAUAAUACUGACAAAUUAAAAGCUGAACAAUUAUUAUCACUAGAUAUUCCUAACUAUUCAUCAUCCUCCAUUAGCAGUGAAAAUAAUUUAAUAGAACAAAAACAAAAUUUUUCACAUCGUUUUAUCGAAUGGUUUAAUCUUUUGACAUUCAAACAAAAGAUACUUUUCGGAUUAAUCAUUGCAAUUAUCAUAAUCUCGAUUCUUGUAGUUACUAUUAUACCACCUAUAUAUAUAUUCGUCAUUCGUCAAACUCAUUCUGAAUCUUCAUUUACUAAUAUAACUGUUUCAAGCUGUUCAACUUCAACAUGUAUUGGUAAAGAAACUGCAUAUCGUACAUCGAUAGUUACUGCUCUCUAUCCAUUUGAUGGAAACACCAACGAUCAAACUGGAUAUAGUACAGGAAUGGCAUUUGGUACGUCUACACCUUCUUUUACAUCAGGAGCCUACGUAGGCCAGACAAUAAAUUUAAACCCAACUGUGCAACAACAGUAUGUUCAAAUUCCAAGCAUAAGUUUAUCUAAGCAAAGUUUUACACUUCAAGCAUGGCUCUAUCCAGGAAGUACCAAUACGUCAGGUGACUUUGGUAUAUUUAGCCAAUGUGAUUCAAGUUGGACCUGUUUGUCGUUAAAUUUACGAAGUACACGUUUUGUAUUUUCAUUUGAUUUUAUGAAUGCUACCAACAAAACGUUGAUUGGUUCAAGUUCAGUUACUUUGACUGAAUGGGUUCAUGUAACAGUUGUUUAUGAUGCAAUUCUAUUUCAACAACAGAUAUAUGUUGAUGGUCAAAUUGAUGCUGUAUCAUCUGCUAUGAUUAAUUCUUAUCAAGGAGAUUCAUCAAGUUCAACAACAACUAUCGGAAGAAGUUCAUCAUUUGCUCGUGGAACUUCAUAUUUUCAAGGAAGGAUAGAUCAUUUUACAAUAUCAGCUGGUGUUGCUCGAAGUGCUUGUCAAAUUUAUAAUGAUGCAUCAUUAAUAGCAUAUUAUCCAUUUGAUACAACUGGAAUAUAUAAUGAUUAUAGUGUUUAUCUUUGUAAUGGUAUAGCAUCUGGUACGACAGCAGUAUCAUCAGGUCGUGUUAAUCAAGCUAUCUCAUUUACAUCAAGUACAAGCUA